GGGCCAACUGCAGCGUGUAGUGCGAGCGGGACAGGACGCGCGCUGCCCGCCCGCCCGCCCGGCGACCCGCAAGGACGCGGCAUUUGUCGGAAGAGUCUGUGAAACCCUCUCUCUACCCAGAGCUCCAGGACCAAUGCAUCUUUCCAUCGCCCUAAACCGCUGGUGAAUAGCAGUGCCGAGCCCCAGUUGCAAAAGACUUGUCCUGUCACCACCAUGAGCUCUGAAUGUGACGUUGGCGCUUCUAAAGCCGUGGUGAACGGGUUGGCACCAGGCAGCAAUGGGCAGGACAAAGCAACCACCGACCCCUCACGCGCACGCUCUAUUUCUGCUGUUAAAAUAAUUCCUGUGAAGACAGUGAAAAGCUCUCCAGGCCUAGUACUCCCUCCAGACAUGGAUCCUACAAAAGUCUGCACUGGGAAGGGAGCCGUGACUCUCCGGGCCUCAUCCUCCUACAGGGACACCCCAAGCAGUAGCCCGGUGAGCCCUCAGGAAAGCCCACAAUACGAAAGCAAACCAGUGCUGGAGUCAGAGAAUCCCCCAGCAGAUGAGUGGCGGCUUUCUUCCAGUGCUGAUGCCAAUGGAAACGCCCAGCCCUCUUCACUCGCUGCCAAGGGCUACAGAAGCGUGCACCCCAACCUUCCCUCCGACAAGCCCCAGGACGCCACUUCCUCCAGCCCAGCCCAGCCUGAGGUCAUAGUUGUCCCUCUCUACCUGGUUAAUACUGACAGAGGGCAAGAAGGCACUGCCAGACCUCCAGCACCUCGGGGGCCACUGGGCCCCCCAGUCCCGGCGGCCGCCCCUGCCGGCUCACCUCUGACCUUCCCGACUCUAGAUGAUUUCAUUCCCCCUCAUCUGCAGAGGCGGCCCCACCACAGCCCGCCAGCCAGCGCUCCGAGCCCCCACUCCCCCGUUAGCCAGACACCACCAUCCUUCUCACCACCGCCUCCGCUGGUCCCCCCAGUCCCGGAGGGCCUGCACAGCGUCUCGGAGCCUGACCUCACGGGAGCUGUUUCAAGUACCGAUUCAAGUCCUCUGCUAAAUGAAGUUUCUUCAUCUCGUGUUAGAACUGAUUCCCAAACCUUUGCACCAGUCAGCAAGCCAUCCUCUGCCUACCCCUCCACGACCAUUGUCAAUCCCACUAUUGUGCUCUUGCAACACAACCGAGAACAGCAGAAACGACUCAGUAGCCUGUCAGAUCCUGUGUCAGAAAGAAGAGUGGGAGAACGGGACUUGGCAACAACCCAGGAAAAACCCACCUCUCCUGGCAGGUCCACUGACAAAAAGGCCAAGGAUGACAGCAGGCGGGUGGCUAAGAGCACUCAGGACCUGAGCGAUGUGUCCAUGGAUGAAGUGGGCAUCCCACUCCGGAACACCGAGAGAUCCAAAGACUGGUACAAGACCAUGUUUAAGCAGAUCCACAAGCUAAACAGAGACACUCCUGAAGAAAACCCUUAUUUCCCUACGUACAAAUUCCCUGAACUUCCUGACAUCCAGCACAAUUCUGAAGAAGACAGUCCUUACACUCCUACCUACCAGUUUCCUGCAUCUACUCCUAGUCCUAAAUCUGAAGAUGAUGAUUCAGAUCUGUACUCUCCUCGAUACUCCUUUUCUGAAGACACAAAAUCUCCCCUCUCUGUGCCUCGCUCAAAAAGUGAGAUGAGCUACAUUGACGGUGAGAAGGUAGUUAAGCGGUCAGCCACACUUCCCCUCCCGGCCCGCUCUUCCUCACUGAAAUCAAGCCCAGAAAGAAACGACUGGGAGCCCCCAGAUAAGAAAGUGGAUACAAGGAAAUACCGUGCAGAGCCCAAAAGCAUAUACGAGUACCAGCCGGGCAGGUCUUCCGUCCUGAACAACGAAAAGAUGAGUCGGGAUAUAAGCCCAGAAGAGAUAGAUUUAAAGAAUGAACCUUGGUAUAAAUUCUUUUCGGAAUUGGAGUUUGGGAAACCGCCUCCCAAAAAGAUAUGGGAUUAUACUCCUGGAGACUGCUCUAUCCUUCCUAGAGAGGAUAGAAAGACUAACCUAGAAACAGAGCCCACCCUCUGCCACACAGAGUUAGAGGCAGAUGUAGGAAAAACGGAGACGCUUAGUAAAGCCGCCCGUGCAGACCUGGCGCAGAGCUCAGCAGUCAGCCCCACUCCGGAAAUGUCUUCAGAGCCUCCUGGAUAUAUAUAUUCUUCCAACUUCCACGCAGUGAAGAGGGAAUCCGAUGGGGCUCCCGGCGACCUCGGGAGCCUGGAGAAUGAGAGGCAGAUUUAUAAAAGCGUCCUGGAAGGUGGAGACAUCCCUCUCCAGGGCCUCAGUGGGCUCAAGCGCCCGUCCAGCUCGGCCUCCACGAAAGAUUCAGAAUCACCAAGACAUUUUAUACCAGCUGACUACUUGGAAUCCACAGAAGAAUUCAUCCGAAGGCGUCAUGAUGAUAAAGAAAAACUUUUAGCGGACCAGCGACGACUUAAGCGCGAGCAAGAAGAGGCCGAUAUUGCAGCUCGGCGCCACACGGGCGUCAUUCCAACGCACCAUCAGUUUAUCACUAAUGAGCGCUUUGGGGACCUCCUCAAUAUAGACGAUACGGCAAAAAGGAAAUCUGGGUCAGAGAUGAGACCUGCCAGAGCCAAAUUUGACUUUAAAGCUCAGACACUGAAGGAGCUUCCUCUGCAAAAGGGAGACAUUGUUUACAUUUAUAAGCAGAUCGACCAGAACUGGUACGAAGGCGAGCACCACGGCCGGGUGGGCAUCUUCCCGCGCACCUACAUCGAGCUUCUUCCUCCUGCGGAGAAGGCUCAGCCCAAAAAGUUGACACCGGUGCAGAUCUUGGAAUACGGAGAAGCUAUCGCAAAGUUCAACUUCAAUGGGGAUACGCAAGUGGAAAUGUCCUUCAGGAAGGGUGAGAGGAUCACGCUGCUCCGACAGGUGGACGAGAACUGGUACGAAGGGAGGAUCCCGGGGACGACCCGGCAAGGCAUCUUCCCCAUCACCUACGUGGACGUGAUCAAAAGGCCACUGGUGAAAAACCGGGUGGAUUACAUCGACCUGCCUUACUCCUCCCCAAGUCGUAGUGCCACCGCGAGCCCACAGUUUCCCAGUCACAGCAAGCUCAUCCUGCCAGCCCCCUCAUCUCUGCCUCACCCCCACCGAGCCCUGUCCCCUGAGAUGCAGGCUGUCACCUCGGAGUGGAUCUCACUGACGGUGGGGGUCCCAGGCCGGCGUCCUCUGGCCCUGACCCCACCUCUGCCUCCUCUGCCAGAGGCGUCUGUCUAUUACACUGACCACCUUGCCUUUUUGACAAGGCCUAGUCCCUCCCUGUCCCUCAGCCUCCCCCAUUCGAGCUGGUCGGGUCGUUCCACGCCCCACUCGAUUGUCUCCCCACUGGCCCUCCCUGCCCCCCACCGAGCCUACUCCCCGGUGCCUGGUGCCCAGACCUCCCUUCACGUCAACGGAGACAGUGGCAGCCACAGGCCCCCUCCAGGCUUCCCGCAGGGCAGCUUCUCCCAGCCUCUGCUUGGGAGCCCUGAUAGAGUCAUCUCGGAGCUUAGCAACGCCUUUAGCAGCCAGGGCCCGUGGCGAGAAGAAAGCAGACAGUACGAAAGGAAAGCAGAGAGGGAGGCAGGUGAGAGAUGCCUGGGCGGACCCACGAUCUCUAAGAAGAGCUGCUUGAAACCUUCAGACGUGGUCAGGUGCCUGAGCACCGAACAGAGACUCUCAGACCUCUGCACCCCCGAGGAGAGCCAGCCCAGCCAGGCCCUGGGCAGCCCUUUCCCGGGACGGGAGGCUGAGCAGACAGAGCCGCGUAGAGGUGGCGAGCAGGCUGAGCGGAAGGCUGCUCGGAGUGGUGUGCGCCAGCAACCUCAAGCCCAGCAGCGAAGAGUCACCCCAGACAGGAGUCAAGCCUCACAAGAUUUAUUUAGCUACCAAGCAUUAUAUAGCUAUAUACCACAGAACGAUGAUGAGUUGGAACUCCGAGAUGGAGAUAUUGUUGAUGUCAUGGAAAAGUGUGACGAUGGAUGGUUUGUUGGUACUUCAAGAAGGACCAGGCAGUUUGGCACUUUUCCAGGCAACUAUGUAAAGCCUUUGUAUCUGUAAGAAGACUGAAAACCGCAGAGAUGAUUUUUGCCGGAGGAUGAAGCAUAACCCAUGAACUGGUCUCUUUAUUUGAAAGUGGAGUCAGUAGGAAAAGUAAUACAGUGGAUAAAGAACGAAGCAAAAGAGCGGGACAGAGAAGUGUGUUGUGUGUAAAACCCGGGCCUGUCUCAGCUCACCGUGCAUCAGACAGGCCCGAACCAUGCGCUGAGCAGAAAGGAAUGAGGCAAAUCUGUAUUUAUUUAGCUGCUUCUGGGAGCCUCUCCAGCCCUCCCCUCCGCUCCCCGUCUGAGGUAAUCUGACCUGUGGCCACAGAAACGCCUCCUGCUGCUGCCUCCCUGACCUGCCUGAAGCGGCCCUCAGAGCCCCGGCAGGUCCCCAGCCAUUCUCCAAAGGCUCCACACAGACCCCCGCCCCACCCCAGCCACCCGAGCCCGCAGAUCCCCCAGCACCAUCAGCACCGCUGGAGACCAGUCUGGGCUGCGAGGUCAUCCCUAGACGGUGGUGGAGGCCCCUCGCUGGACCUGCUGAGGUUAGUGGGGAAAUGGAGGCGAACCUUCGGCGCCCCGAGCACGCACACCCAGCCUGCGGCAUUGCCACUGCCCCCUGGUGUCAGACAGAAAAGCACGGGAGGUUUGCCCGUGGGAGCAGGUGGCCAGGCAGACAGUGAAAUGUGGGUGUCCCAGUGACUUAGGUCAGGAAGCCCUGUAGCUCCUGAGGUCAUAUGCCGUGUGCUUUCCCGGAUCACUGGCUUCCACAGAUGUUCCCUUUCAGGGCACAGUUUCAUUGAUCAGACACCGUUGCUAAUCUUUCUCUUCUGGAUUGUUCUUGGCCAGGACAGUUUGGGAUUGAUAGGCCUGUUCUCAGGGAGAAAAGGAUGGUGAUGUUCAGUGAUUCAUUUAACACACUCUGAUAGACACUGGAUGCUGGGCACCAGCCAGCCGACUUACCGCAUCCCAAUAGGAGCUCAAGGGCCACUCAGAAUGUAGUCCCCGGGGCUGUGGGUCCUGGUGCACCCUGGCCAGGCUUCGCUUCAGAGCAGAGGUGUGGAUGCAGGGCCAGGUGUGAGGAAGUGAUUCUGCUGCUCCCAGGAGGCCGGAGCUCAGCGGGGAGGCCCCUGCGAUGCCUGGGUGUUCAGUCACAACUCUGUCCGAGUCCAGGAUGUUUGUCAGCCCUCUCUGUUAGACCCCUUGGAGAAUGAAAGAUAGGAAUGGCCCAUUCCCUGCCUGCCGGGGACUCAGAGGUGAUUGGAGACACACACACACACACACACACACACACAUAGGAGAGACUGUGAAAUGU